AGCUGAGCGUUCAGCCCCUGUUUGUGUUCUGGGUUCUACACUCAGAAAGGACCCAUGAGACUGACACAGGGAGAAACACACUAAGGUCCAAGGGAUAUUGUGCUAAAUAUUUGGUAGGACAUCUCUUGUGCAAUGUCUACAGCAAUCGUGGAAUGUAUCAGUUCAUUGUCUGUUAUUGCCCAGCAACUGCGAAGAUUACCUCGGAUCUUGGAAAGUGGGUUCCCAAAAAUGCCAUCUACUGUCAUGGAGUCUGAUGUUCCUCGAAUUUUCAGAGAGCCCUACAUCCAGACAGGGUAUAGACCCACAAACCAGAACUGGAAGUAUUAUUUUCUUAGUCUUUUCCAGAAGCACAACGAGUCUGUCAACGUAUGGACGCACCUUCUGGUGGCCCUGGCUGUUCUCCUCAGGUUCCGAGCAUUUGCAGAGUCUGAGACUUUUUCCUGGGAUAUGAUGUCCUUUCCUUUGGUUAUUUAUGUGUUAUCCUCAUUAACGUACCUUACCUGCAGCAUGCUUGCGCACUUGCUGCAAUCCAAAUCAGAGCUGGCGCAUUAUUCGUUUUACUUCAUGGACUAUGUUGGAGUUUGCACUUAUCAGUACGGGAGUGCCUUGGCUCACUACUACUACAGCUCUAACCAAGGGUGGUAUGAUGUAGCCUGGCCUUUCUAUUUACCAGGAGCUGCUUUCCUCGGGUGGAUGUCGUGUAUAGGUUGCUGCUAUGCAAAAUAUCGUUACAGAAGACCCUACCCUGUCAUGAGGAAACUAUGCCAGGUUGUCCCAGCUGGUCUCGCGUAUCUCUUAGAUAUAAGCCCAGUCAUUCACCGCAUAUUGAAUUGUCACCUGGACAGCUGUACAGAUAUGUCUUUUUGGUUCCACUGUCUGCAGAUCAUUUUCUUCAUCAUUGGUGCUUAUUUCUUCUCCUGUCCAGUUCCAGAAAAAUAUUUCCCUGGUUGUUGUGACAUUGUAGGACAUGGACAUCAAAUAUUUCACGUGUUUUUAGGUCUAUGCACGUUGUCACAACUGGAGGGAGUUCUUCUAGACUAUAACACUAGGCAGGAGCACUUUAGAGUUCGGUACAGCUCCGGAUACACCCAAAUGUCAUGUAUAUCCUUCUUCCUGCUUAUAUUAAGCAGUGCUGUCUCUGCAAUUUAUCUACAACAAAAGAUCAAAAAGCAGCUAGCCGAGAAAGACUUCUAGCAGUGGUGCUAUUUUAUUAUAUAUAUUUUUUAAAUUAACAAUGUAACACUCUGACUAAACUGUAUAGUAAAAUAAGACUGUGUAUUAACAGGGCUAAAAGUCAUGUUUCUGAUGGAAGUGCAACAUAAGACUAUAUAGACAAAGUACUUGUCACUACUUGCAGAUACAACUUAGUGUUGGUGCACUUCUUAAAGGGCAUCUUCGACCUUAAAAUGUAUUAAUUUAUACAUGUUUUGGUUCUAAUUCAUAGAAAGAACAAAAGACAAUAAUGGUCAAAAUUAAAUAUUUCCAAAUUGUCCGUUUCACAGUUACGCACUUAAUAAUUUGUAAAUAUAAUGUUGAAUACAUAUAUAUAUUGAAUGUAUGCCAGUGAGGGGUGUGAUUGAUUACCUUGUUCUCCCUUUUUGGUAGAAGCUGAUAACUUCUGGCUGCCUUGCAAAAGGUGUAAAAAAGGGAGCUCAGUACAGAAAGGGCAUUAUUUUGUUAGGAAAGGUUUGCCCAACUCCAGUCUACUGAUAUAAUAUAGCCAUAAUUUGAAAACGUAGCGAUAUCUUCUUCCUGGAGAUCUUCCUUUAUGG